AUGUCGUCGUCGAUGCUGUCAGACAGGCAGAAUGAGGACCUGCAGCGCUCGAUGCUGUCCUACCUGCAUGCGUCGGGCAUGCACGACACAUAUCAAGAGCUCAUUCGAGAGUCUGGCAUCACCGACUUUGACCCGACCGAUCCAAAGGCAAAAUGGGUCGGCCUGCUCGAGAAGAAGUGGACCAGUGUGAUUAGACUGCAAAAGAAGAUUAUGGACCUCGAGUCGCGCAACGCCGCGCUGGUCGCGGAACUGGCAUCGCCGACGCGCGCCACGGCAGGCUCGAGCAGCAGUGCACCCUUCCUCCCGCGCGCGCCUGCCCGCCACACCUUGUCGUCCCACCGUGCUCCCAUUACCCGUGUCGCGUUCCACCCCACUUGGACAGUGUUGGCCAGUGCGAGCGAGGACUCGACAGUCAAGAUCUGGGACUGGGAGAGCGGCGAGUUUGAGAGGACCGUCAAGGGCCACACCAAGUCGGUCUCGGACGUCGACUUUGACCCCAAGGGCAACAUCCUAGCGACGUGCUCGACCGACCUGACAAUCAAGCUGUGGGACCCAGCAAACGAAUACAAGAACACAAAGACGCUCCACGGCCACGACCACUCCGUGUCGAGCGUUAGGUUUAUGCCUACGGGCGAGCAGUUGAUAUCCGCAUCGCGCGACAAGACCAUUCGCGUCUGGGAGGUGUCUACAGGCUACUGUGUCAAGACACUGACAGGCCACGCCGAGUGGGUCCGCGAGGUCGUGCCGUCCGACGACGGACGGUGGCUUAUCAGCGCGUCAAAUGACCAGACUGCCCGCGUGUGGGACUUCGCCUCGGGAGAGACCAAGGUCGAGCUGCGCGGCCACGACCAUGUUGUCGAGUGCGCCGUCUUUGCCCCCGUCAACGCAUAUGCGGCUAUCAGGGAACUGGGUGGCCUCACCGUCGCCGCCGGCGACACGCGCGCCAAGGCGCCUGGAGCGUUUGCCGCCACUGGGUCACGCGACAAGACCAUCAUGGUGUGGGACACGGUUUCGGGCCAGUGUGUGCGGACGCUGGCCGGGCACGACAACUGGGUGCGCGCACUCGUCUUCCACCCUUCGGGCAAGUACCUCCUCUCGGCGUCGGACGACAAGACAUUGCGCGUCUGGGACCUGGCGACGGGCCGGUGCGUCAAGACGGUGGACGCCCACGGCCACUUUGUGACCACGCUGGCGUGGGGUCGCGCGACGGUCGGUGGCGGUGGCGGAGCGGGAGCGGGAGCAGGAACAGGACCAGGCGGAGCAGGAGCAGGAGCAGGCGGCGGCGACGGCGGCGAGAAGGACAAGGCGAAUGGCAGCGGAGCGGGCAAGGACGAGCCCAGGAGGAUAAACGUGAUUGCGACCGGUUCGGUCGACCAGACUAUCAAGAGCCGACGAGAGACCAGGUCACUGACUCGCCAGAUCUGGACACCAUAG